CUUCCAACGUCCUUGUAACACGCAGUCUUGGAAUCAAACAUACUAGUAUUCCGCGUAAGUGGAUCGAAAGUGCGAAGAAUAAUCUCACCUAACUUUGCCGCCGCGAAUUCCCGUCAGACUCUCAUCGGAGUGAUCUGGUGUACCGUGGGCCGAGAUUAAUUUGUUGUAGGAAGACAAGACGAAUAGUUUGGGGUCAAAAGUAUCAAGAUUAGAAAAUUAAAAAUUCUAAGCGGGAAAGAAAGUGAUUUUUUUUCCUCGCGAGUCAUCCCUUUGCUAAAGUUUGUGAUUUGUGACCAUACAAGUGGAAUAAUAAUUAAAUAUCAUUUGCAUAACAAUCGAGAGACCAUGAGAGUGAGAAUAAUUCUAUCAAUAGUGUUGGUCAUAUCAAUUUUUUCGCCGCCGAUGUCCGCUGCUCUCACAACUUUUGGGAAAAGCAAUAAUCAAAACUCGAAUCCACCGCCGCCACCUACACCAACUGGUAAAGCUCGCGAGUGUAGGAUGGAAAGUGACUGUGCUGGAAUUCAGAAUACAACGUGCAUGGCGGAUCACCGGGAUGGAAAAACUCGAUGUCUCUGCGGCGAUUACUCGGCACCACUUAAUGGCGCCUGUCAUAUUAAAUUCAAAGCACUUCAUGCAUAUUGUAGUUCCGAUGAUGAUUGCGUAAUAGAUGCCCAAUGUGUGCAACGUAACGGCACAGCGGGAAAACGUUGUUAUUGUCGAGAAGGAUUUUUUGAAGAAUCUCCAUUUUAUUGUGACGGUUGUUCAUCCAUCUUCACGUUACACACAAUGACACUUCUGGCUGCUUCGCUCGUGCUUGGAAGAUUUACCAACUAAUAUCUAAAAUAUUCAAGCUUAUAGAAAAUUAUUUCGAUAACCCCUGAGUUUGUACGAUAACCCACAAUGGAAAAACAUUAUAAUUCUUUGAGACAACGAAUUCAAAGAGAAGUCGCUUAGAAAUACACUUAUUUAUAAAAGUGUCUAUUUAGUUCAAUGAAAGUGUUUAAGUAGGAUGUACGUUCAAGUUUCAAAAUGAUAAUGCACAUUUAUGUGUCAACUAUGAAUUACGAGAUAAUCUUUAUCAGAUAUAAAAUAUUUCAGCAGUCUCGCACUUUUUUUCAAUUAUACUUUUUAAAUUCUUUAGAAAAACAAUAUUCGUCUUCAACGAAAAUUUGUUUAAUUUUAUAAGUAAAUUUUCAACAAUCUAUUGUAAGAAAUUAUAUGUAACGGAGAUUUUGUGUAAAUAGCUUAGAUAUUAAAUGUAACAGUAUUUCAUAAUACUAUUAUAACAACUAUUAUACAACUAUCGAAUUCUAUAGUAUUAUAGUUUCAUACUAUUUAAUCUAAAAUCAGAUAGCACAAAGAUUAUAAUUUUCUCAGUGAAAUAAUUGAUUUAUUUGUAGUUUUAUUUGUAGUUCAGGAAAAUUGCACGAUUUCUUAUAUAGAGAAUAGUUUUAUAUAAGUAUAUAAAAUGCGUUAUAUAUUACAAAUAUAUACUUGUAAAGUUUAUAAUUUUCUUGUGAUGUCUUUUAAAUUUAGAAAAUUAUCUCCAUAUUUAUCAUCUUCAGUAAACCAAUAUAUCAGUUUAUAAUCAAAGUCUAUACAACUGAUGAUAAGAUGCAGAAAAUACUGUAUUUAAAUUAUAGAAUCAAAUUUAAAUAUUUUCAAAUUUCUCUGUAGAAACAAUAAGUAGUUCAGAAUUUUUAGUUGCUUUUAAUUUUAGAAAUGUGAAAAUAAACAAUUUCGCUGCAUCCGGAUAACUUUUAUAGUCACACAACAAAUAAUUAUGUCUUACAUCAUUGUAUUAACAAUUAGUUUUAAUAUUAAUUUAUAACUUAAGUUCGUAAUAAAAAGUUCAAAAAGUGAACGUUAAUCACUUUAUACAAUCAACAGUCGUAAAUAAGUAAUCUUUGUACUCGUUUUACAAGUACAAACAUUCGAUGUACACUUGUCUUCGUAUAUUCUUAAUACAGCGUUUUAAUCAAUCGUUAAAGUUACUACAAGUUACUACAAUUAAAAUAUAUUAUCAUAAUUGUAGGCAGUUAAAUUGGGAUAAACACUCUAUUUGUUUUAUAAAAAUUUUUCCGUGUUUGUUGUGUGCAAAUAUUUGCCAUUUAAUUACUACUACAGUAUUCUUAUUAUGUUGUAUAAUAAUAAUUAUUAUUAACACCAGUUCAAAAGACUAAAACAACGUAACAUGAAUAUUAUAUAUUUCAGAUAAAAUUUACUACUAGAUGUUAAAUUUCACUAUUUUUAGAAUUUGAAAUAACAAUAUAAUGCUUUGAUAGUAAAAUUUUGCAAUGUAUAUGAUUAAACUUCGUAUUUCAACUGCAUUCGUAAAGAGAUGCACAUAUCAUUACAUGAUAUACUUAGGAUAAUUCAUUCUUAUAUCAUGUUUCCUCAAUGCACAAGGUAGAUAGAUGUAUAACAAAAAGAGAUUCGUAAAUUGACAAGAAUGUCCUCACAAAGAUGCAAAAUACACACAAUUUUCUAAAUACUUUAAAUUGUCAUAUUUUUUUGAUGAAAAAUAUAAAUUUUUGCCAAUUACGAAUAUAAUCAGUUUUUUAAUUAAUAUAAAUGUUACAAAUAUUAAUAUAAAUGCACUCGAUAUAUUUAUUUCUUCGCUAUUGUUACAUUUAGUAAUCGCAUAGAUUAAUCGCUGAGUUUAAUUGACAUUGUAAUUGUAUUGAUAGUAUAUCUUUUGUAAACUUUGUAAUGUGAUCAAGAAAGCGUAGUAUUAACUAUUGAUCUUACUCUAAUGUCGUUUUAUGUAUUUGGAGAUUUCAUGCACAAAUAAAGUCUUGAACCUUUUCGCAA